AUGGUGGUGCAUCAAACUUCUAAGGCUAUAUGGAAAAACCUGCAACCUGUCUACAUGCCAAAACCAACAGCCGAAAAAUGGAAGCAAGUUUCAGAUCGUAUGUUAUCACUGUGGAAUAUGCCUAAUUGUAUUGGCAGUAUAGACGGUAAGCACAUAAAAAUACAAUGCCCCCCACGAUCUGGUUCCGCCUAUUACAAUUACAAAGGUUACUUUUCCGUUGUUUUACUCGCAGUGUCAGAUGCAGAUGGCAUGUUGCUGGCAAUAGAUGUGGGGGAUUAUGGACGGAACAGUGAUGGCCGUGUAAUGGCAAACAGUAGUUUUGGCAGGGCUUUUAAGAAAGGAAAUCUAGAUUUACCAGAGCCUAGUCCUAUUGCAGGAGACAACCAACCAAUUCCGUAUUACUUUAUAACUGAUGAGGCAUUCCCAAUGUCAAAAAACCUGCUCAAGCCUUAUUCCAAGAAUGCAUUGACUACUAACAGUCGCAGAAUUUUUAACAGCAGAUUGUCGAGAUCGAGGAAACCUGUUGAAUGCUCUUUCGGCAUGCUGUCUUCCAAGUUUGGAGUACUUAAUACACUAAUACGAUGUACCCCUGAUAAUGUGGAUAUUUUUGUACAAGCAAUGUGUGUUUUGCAUAACGCCAUAAGGGAAUGUGAUGGUACAUUCACAAAGCCACAGUACGAGAAUGUGAUUGACAGCGAUUCCAUCGUUCUGUUGCUACGACUGCCGCUAACAACAGGGAAACUUAUGAGAGAUUACCUAAGUACCUACUUCACAGAAUGUGCCCCAAUUCCACACCAGGAUAGGUACUGUGUGUAA